AUGCCUUUCCCAAAACCACACACGAUCAAUCUAUCCCCAACAUCUCUCAUCCCCAACUCGGCCUUUCCGCUCCUUCUCUACCGUUCUGCCUUUCCGCCUGAAACCACUACAGAAGCAAUUGAAGCCCAUUUUAGGUCAAAUAAUUGGAUCCCACAAUGGCGUUACUCCAUGUUUCACCAAUCCCAUUAUCACUCGACCACGCAUGAGGCUCUCGGCGUGUUUUCUGGAAGUGCGAGGCUACGAUUCGGCGUUUCCGAUAAGGAAAAUGCUAGUGAGGGUGUGGAGGAGGACGUGAAAGCGGGCGAUGUGAUUAUCAUUCCUGCUGGCGUGGCGCAUAGAUGUAUUAGUGAAAAAGACGGUUUCACUAUGGUAGGAGCUUACCCGGAUGGAGCGAAGAAGUGGGAUAUGAACUAUGGCGGUGAACACCCCGGAGGGGAUUUGGUGGAGAAAAAGGUACCCGAAGAUGAUCCGGUGCAGGGGAAGGAUACUUCUGGAUUGUUGGGGCUUUGGAAGUGA